AUGAAGCGGGAUCGGCGCGGCCGGUUCCUGUCCCUCGCCGGCGGGCGCAGGCCGGAGCCCCGCGCGGGGAGCGGGCGGCGGGGCCGCGCGGCGCAGCACGAGCCGGAGGGCGGCGCCGAGGAGGCAGGAAUUGGUAGAGCCCUGAGCACAGGAUAUUGCCGGCUCUGCCAUGGGAAGUUUUCCUCCCGGAGCUUGCGGAAUGCUUUUGGGAAGGUUCCUGUAACGGGAGAGAACUCAGAGAAGCAACGACGUGUGGAUCAAGUGUUCUUCACCGAUUUCCAGCGACUGGUCAGAGUAGCAGUCCGGCAGGAUCCUGCUCUCCCGCAAUAUGUCUGCAAGAAAUGCCAUGCACAGUUUUACAAAUGUCGCAGCAUCCUCAAGACGUUUAUUCAGAGGGUGAAUGCAUCUCCCACAGGCCAUAUAAAGUCAAAAGGAAAGAACAGUGAUGUGCAGCCACAGCCAGAUGCAGAAGCCCCCUGUUUGGUAGAUCUGAUCACAUCCAGCCCCCAGUGCCUGAAUAAUUUGGUUAUGUGGACCCACAACCAUGCAGGGAACUGCCAGUCUGUGCCAAGCCUGCAGAGUGUGUUAUCUUCCGAGUACUGUGGGAUAAUUCGAGCCGUGUGGGGCUGUGGAAAUGGGCAUGACUAUGUUAUGGAUACAGAUUCUGAUUGCAGCACGGUGCUAGUCGAUAAUGCCUUGUCCGUUACAUGGGAAUGGAACAAGGGCGCAGCACAGCGUUUGACUGACAAUGGGGCAAGUGCAGACAAUGCGGGGGCUGCCUCUGCUCCCAGGCCCCAGCUUACUCCAGCAAGGACUGGCACAUGCAAGCAGCCAGUAAACAAAGGGACCACAUCGGAGCCGCUAGGUGCUGAGAAUCAGUUGCCACAGAGCAGGAAUUCAUCUCAUUCACAAGAGGACAGUCCAGUCUCUUUACAGGAGAAAAGUCUGCCCCAGUCAGCCUCUCCACUGAGCAGUGCCCCAGGACAGUUGAGUGGGAAGCAGGUUCUGUCUUCAACGUCGGAUGAGCGGGUAAAAGACGAGUUCAGUGACCUUUCUGAGGGAGACUUCCUGAGUGAAGAUGAGAAUGAUAAGAGAACCAUGCAAUCUUCAGAUGACUCCUUUGAGCCUUAUCCAGAAAAGAAGGGGUCCAACAAAAAGAGUGAAAAUAAAGAAGCAAAGAAGGCCGAAGAGCCCAAAAUAAGAAAGAAGCCAGGACCCAAGCCAGGCUGGAAAAAAAAGAUCAAAUGUGAAAGGGAGGAGCUGCCUACCAUCUACAAGUGUCCUUACCAGGGGUGCACAGCUGUGUACAGAGGGGCCGAUGGCAUGAAGAAACACAUAAAGGAGCAUCAUGAAGAAGUGCGGGAGAGGCCUUGUCCCCACCCUGGCUGCAACAAGGUGUUCAUGAUUGAUCGGUACCUACAGCGCCAUGUGAAACUCAUUCAUACAGAGGUACGGAACUAUAUCUGUGAUGAAUGUGGGCAGACCUUCAAACAACGCAAACACCUCUCAGUCCAUCAGAUGCGCCAUUCAGGAGCAAAGCCUCUCCAAUGUGAAAUCUGUGGUUUCCAGUGCAGGCAGCGAGCGUCUCUCAAAUAUCACAUGACCAAACACAAAGCUGAGACUGAGCUGGAGUUUGCCUGUGACCAGUGUGGAAAGCGUUUUGAGAAGGCCCAUAACCUUAAUGUUCACAUGUCCAUGGUGCACCCUCUGACCCAGACUCAGGACAAAGCCAAGCCACUGGAGCCUGAGCAGAUUCUCAUGUUGAAUCCUUCAGGGACUGUGGAAAGCCAGGCUGUAAAACCAGAACAGACUGCACAACAGGAGCCUACUUGAAGGGCUGCUGGAGGUGCGUACUGAUCCUGCCUUGUAUAAACCAUUCAGCAGUGGGGAUUUUUAAUAUACAUUUUAAUAGAUUCUCAAGAAAAAACCCACCUCAGUGGAAAUAGCUUCAGCUUGCUCAAAAGAAAAAAAAAAAAGCUUUUACUGUGCUGUGAUUCUCCAUGCUUAGAUCAAAUUCAGCAGUGUUGUACUAAACAGUCUCCAUCAAAUGUAAAGGAACUGGAUGUUCUACACUCCCCCAUGUGGUGAUAGAAACCAAGUUGUACCACAUCAGUUCAGUAGUUGCAUAAACUGCAGGUAUGUAUGUAGUUCCUAUUCAGAUGGGUCUACAGUUAUAUGGCACAGUGGAGUGACUUAAAACUAGGCUUUUUUUAAAAUUACAAUUCCCCAAGCAAGUCUAAAGUAAAAAAUUUAACCUACUUUAUUAACAAGAGCUUCAAGGUUUUGCUUGUAAUAAAUUAUUUA